AUGGUCUCUAGGAAUCAGUAUCUCUCCAGUGAAGUUGGAAUACACCCCGGUUUGGGUUCUCUUCCGAAAUGUUCCACCGAAGUAUGGUCUCUAAAAGGCUUUAGCACUAUUGCUACUGGUAUCAGUUUCCCAGUGCAGUCGGAGUUUCCUAAGCUAAAACAAUAUUCAAACGGAGUUGUUAAGCUAAAGGUUGUUCUCAAGUUGGCUGCGAAAAAUGUUUCAAUUUUUAAAGUCAUUGAUAAAGUGGGAACCUCGGUUUUCAUUAAUGCAGAGUACCUCAAUCUUCCCCAUAAAUGUGGAACUUUCUCAGAAUUCGGUCACUCUGAGUUGCGAUGCCCAAAGCGUCAUACCUCAGAAAAGACCUUUGUGCAACCUUAA